UGUGGAGAAUGCGGUCCCGGAUACAAAACCCCCCUGGAAGCGAUGAAAGGUCCCCGGGAAGAGAUCGUGUACCUGCCCUGUAUCUACAGGAACACUGGAAUCCAGAAGCCGGACUACUUAGCCACAGUCGAUGUGGACCCCAAGUCUCGAACCUACUGCCAGGUUAUCCAUCGCUUGCCCAUGCCCAAUGUCAACGAUGAGCUGCACCAUACCGGGUGGAAUGCCUGCAGCAGCUGUUUCGGAGAUGCCACCAAGAAGCGCAACCGGAUGAUCCUCCCCAGCCUGAUCUCUUCCCGGAUCUACAUAGUAGACAUGGGCACAGAUCCACGAGCUCCCAGGCUCCACAAGGUAGUCGAGCCAGUGGAGGUGUACUGGAAAUGCAACUUGGCCAAUCCACACACCAGUCACUGCCUGGGCACCGGCGAAAUCAUGAUCAGCACCAUGGGAGACCCUUCUGGCAACGGGAAAGGUGGCUUUGUCCUGUUGGACGGUGAGACCUUUGAAGUCAAGGGGACCUGGGAAAGAGGGCCCAAAGCUCCCCCGCUGGGCUACGACUUUUGGUACCAGCCGAGACACAACGUCCUGAUGAGCACCGAAUGGGGAGUGCCGAAAUCCUUCGCGUACGGGUUUAAUCCGGCCGAUCUGGAGAAAGGGUACUACGGUGGCAACAUCCAUGUGUGGGAUUGGACCACCCACGAGCUCAUCCAGUCUAUCGACGUGGGGAAAAAUUCCAUCCCCCUCGAAAUCCGCUUCCUCCACGACCCGGAUGCUUCUCAGGGGUUCGUCGGCUGCGCCCUCAGCAGCGAAGUCCAUCGUUUCUACAAGACGCAGAACGGAAAGUGGGCAGCUGAGAAAGUGAUCCAAGUGCCCAAGAAGAAGGUGAAAGGAUGGCUUCUUGAAGAGAUGCCAGGUCUCAUCACGGACAUCCUGAUCUCCCUGGAUGACAAGUACUUGUAUUUCAGCAACUGGCUCCAUGGAGACAUUCGGCAAUAUGACAUCAGAAACCCUCAGAAGCCCAAACUGGUGGGCCAGGUCUUUUUGGGAGGCAGCAUCGUCAAAGGAGGGCCGGUCACCGUGACGGAAGACCAGGAAUUGGAAUGCCAGCCUAAGCCCUUUGUGAUCCAGGGCAAGAGGGUUCAAGGCGGUCCACAGAUGAUCCAGCUGAGCUUGGAUGGGAACAGGCUGUACGUCACCACCUCGCUCUUCAGUGGCUGGGACAAGCAGUUCUACCCCGACAUGGUCAAGGAAGGCUCUGUCAUGUUACAAAUCGAUGUGGACACGAAGAAAGGCGGCUUGAAAGUGAAUGAGAAGUUCCUCGUGGAUUUUGGGAAGGAGCCGCACGGGCCAGCCCUUGCCCACGAGAUCCGCUACCCAGGGGGAGACACCACCUCUGACAUCUGGGUCUAAAGGAAGGCCUCGGUGGAAAUAUCUGGGUUGUGUUUGGGGAAAGGGGUUGCCGUCGGUCUUCUCUUCUCACUCUGUCUUUUAACUCCAGGUGUGACAGUCCAAUGCAGGUGUGGCGUCCAUCUAGUUGACGCUGCAUCGGUUUCAGAUUUCCUCUGCUUGCCUAACUUAGCCAGUUUUACCUUUUCGGUGGAAUGGAGCGGCUCAAGAAGGUUGAGGAUCCCCGGAUGAAACUGUUUAUCCUCAUGAAAAGAGAUUUUGCCUUUAAGAGAGCCAUUAUGGGGUAGUGGUUAAGUGCACGGACUCUUAUCUGGGAGAACCGGGUUUGAUUCCCCACUCCUCCACUUGCAGCUGCUGGAAUGGCCUUGGGUCAGCCAUAGCUCUCGCAGAGGUUGUCCUUGAAAGGGCAGCUGCUGGGAGAGCCCUCUCAGCCCCACCCACCUCACAGGGGUGUCUGUUGAGGGGGAGGAAGGUAAAGGAGAUUGUGAGCCGCUCUGAGACUCUUCAGAGUGGAGGGCGGGAUAUAAAUCCAAUAUCAUCAUCAUCUUUCUUGUGCAUGCACACUUCCUCAGAUACAUUGAAAAGGAAAUUACCAGCCCAUACAUAUAGAAGAUACUGGAUUUGUAUCCUGCCAUUCACUCUGAAUGUCAGAGUGGUUCGCAAUCUCCUUCACCCUCCUCCCCCACCACAAACACUCUGUGAGGUAAUUGGGGCUGAGAGAGCUCUCACAGAAGCGACUCUUUCAAGGACAACUCUGCGAGAGCUAUGGCCUGACCCAAGGUUGAACAGCAAAUUAACAUACAACAUAAAUGAAGCUGUUUUAACAGGUGCAAAGAGGAAUAACAAGCUAGGUUUAUGUGGUCACCCUGAAUAAAACUUUGCUGAUCUUCAA